CAUUGGCGACGUAGCUUGAAUAUUUUAGAACGUCGUUUAUUGCGGGCGUCCAUCGUUCCGCGGGUUUCCAAUAUUAUUAAUCGAUCACGCGCUGGAAAAUGGCACGAUUCAAUUUCCAGCUGUUAGCGCAAAUAAGAGUACACGUCGCGCGUAGCGUUUAAUCAAUUAUCAAUUACAACGCAGCCCGUAACGAGGAGGCUGUCGAUGCGCGAUCGAUGGAAAUAAAUUCUUUUCAUCGUUGUAGCCGUCCAGCUCUCUUGCUAAUGACCUGGUCAGGACGGGUUCGGCGGAAUUUUUAUCUUCGCCGAAUAUGCGCAUACGGCCGCCGACCGCUCGGAAUAUCGCGUGUACACAUGAUGAAAUAUUUGUAUAGUGUCAGCUCAAUCAUACGUGGCUACAUCCAUAUAUCGAUCAUUUCCAUAGGGGGUCAGUAGUGGAGUAACGUUCCACCUGUCAGUCGGGCACAUAGUAGUUCCUACUACUUCCAGACGUGAUACAUUCAGUAGUUCGUAUCUCUUAGGUGGAGCACGUUCCUACACGGCUAUGUUCUCGUCGACACUUCUCGAGUAAGGCAAAAGGAAUACGUAAAUCGAAUUAAUUAUCAUUAUGAAGCACCAACAAGUAACCGUAGACAUGACGAACAUGGUGUUCACCGCUUGCUCUUAUCUGGCACUCGCCGGAGCGGUCUGGAUAUUUUUGCGGCUCAUCCAGGCCUGCUUUUGGCUGCCGAAACAUCUGAAAAGGCAAAAUGACGUUCAAAGAAUGUUGCAAGAUAAGGUGGAGAGUUACGAAAAAUACGUGCUAGAAUGUGAGGAGAAGGAAAGGGCGGAAAUGUUGGAUCAGAUCGACGAUGGGAAGAAGAGCCUCGAGAUGUCGGAGAAGUGGAAGGAGCGAAGGGAAUGCCUCGACAUGCUCAAGCGAGAGCUGGAAAGAGUUCGCGAGGGUAAAGACAUGUCCGAUUGGGACGCCUUGCUGGAGGAGGAGCUGAAGAAGCACGAACUGGAGUCCAAGUUUCUGGAGGAGGAAGAGGAGGAAAACUCGAAAAACGACGCUAAUAAAGAGAAGAGCGACAGUGAAAAAGAGGUAAAGAAAGUUGAGUUCGAUACCGAACCGAAGAAGAAGAAGUAACGAGACUGUCUGAUGUGUUUUGAAAGUGCCUUACUGAGACUUUACGAUAACUGUUUCUCUUAAAAAGAAAACUGCAUGAAAACAAAAAAUCUCCCCUCGAGCAAAUAAAUUUUCUGUAUUAAAUACUCAUAUGUGGCGCGCGAUAAUCAAAUAAUUCAAAGAUGUAUGUACGAUCUCGGUACGAUCCGGAGGAUACCAGAAUUGUUUAAGUAAUUGCAAUUUUACUGAUAAUCUAAUAUCAAACUGAUAGACCAAUAUCAUUACAUAAGAGCAACGCGCCGUUAUUAAAGCGAGAUGAGAUAUGAAAUAAUACAUUUUUCGUGUAUUUUCAAGUACACAAAUUUUUCCAACUUACUAAACUGCGUGCCGAUUUUUUGUCGGAUUUUAAAACACAGUUCUCGUUGGAAUAUUAAUAUCCCCUACGCCUCCCUGAUUAAUUGAUGCUAAUAAAUCUCUAAAACACUGUAAAAAAUUUUUGGCUGAGGUAAUAUUUUUCGCAAUAAAUUCUUUACAGUGUUUUAGAUGUUUAUUGAUAGUAGCAUCAAUUAAUUGGGGAGGGGUAAGGGAUUUUAAUGAUGAAACGAAAACUGUGUUUUAAAGUUCGACAAAAAAUUGGCACGCAGUUUAGUAAGUUGGAAAAAUUUGUGUACUUGGAAAUACACGAAAAAUUUAUUAUUCCAUAUCUCUUGGCGUGUUGUUCUUAUUUGUUUUAUGUAAUAAUAUGGAUCUCUAAUGAUGUAUCUUGAGAGCGUUUUCCUAAUUAUUGCAGAUAAUCUAAAACUUUAUUUAUUUUGUUAUAAUAUGUAGAAGACAUAGUUUUAUUAAUUCUCGUUGACAAAUGGAAAGUAAUUUAUAUUGCGAAAAUUAUAUGUAAUCGAUGGUAUUAGUAUCUUUUGAGUAAAAACGAUCGCAUUGCAAUUAAAGAGAGAUAAACAAUAAGCUUUAACUAAGUGCAUAUAUAAAAUAUGUUUCCAAAGCAGAAAUUACAAAUAAUCGUUGUUUUUACGUAUAUAUAUUAUAAUUAAGGAAAGUGAUAACUACUCAACGUUUAAUAAUUAUCCAAGAGUGGAAGUGAAGUUUAGACUUUAGACGUACUUAUAAAUCACUGAAUUCGUUUCGCUGUUGUCGCCAUUCCUGCGAUCGAUAUGCAGAACAAAUCGUGAACGUCUACCUCGACGGACUCGUACCUGCUUUUAAUACAUGUCACGUUUAUCGAUAUUCUCUCUACGUGCGCAUUAAUAAUAUAUAUCAUCCAUUUACUUAAUCGUCACGGAGUUGCGGCGGCUCUCCCUCAAGAUCCCAAUCGUAUACCUAAUACAACCGGCAUUAUAUUUGUAUACUCACAUAUACAGGGUGUUAAAAAAAAGCAUUCAGCAUUUAUAUAGUAGAUAGUAGACUUGGUACUGUGUGUACUAUCUACCACAUGAAUUAACACCCUGUAUAUAUGUAGGUAUAUCUCAGCGUGACGAUAUUAUUAGCGGCGUUUACUUCUGCGUUCAAAGUUCAAACGUGUGAAUAUUUUAGGAAAAGUUUUAGAUAGAUCUAGAAUUCUAGAAGACACGUUUUCGCAACUAAGUGUAAGAGAAUACAUUUAUUAUACAUACAAAGAUUAUGCUGCAAUGUACGACAAUUUGUAUACGGCAAUUCGUUGACUCUGUGUUUUUAUAUUGUAACAUUAUUAUAUAUGAAACGUACAUGCAACACACAUAUCUAAUCUCUAUUGUAGAAUCAAUAAAAUGAAUAAUUAGGAUAUUC